CGCUGUAGCUCUCCCGUACCGUGCCUCUGCCGGUCACCGGUCUGCGCUGAUUGAACGGCCGUGAUCCAAACACACGUACAGUCAGACUGAUGCUCAGCAGGGAGCCGCCGCAGCUCCGCCCGCCGCGCUUUGUUUUCUGCUCACACCUUCAAAAACCUGCAGCGGCUUUAUGGUUAAAAGCUGCUUCCUGCCGCCUCGUGCUCAGCAGCUCUGAACAUAUAAAUCAUCUUUUAUUCUCUCCGGAGGGAUCAGACAGAUAGAAGAAAGGGCCUGCUGGUUCACUGCAACAGGUCGAGGAGGAGCUGAAAUAUAAGAUAUAAAUCAGAUGUGAAGAAGAAGAAGAAGAAGAAGAAGAAGAAGAAGAAGAAGAAGAGCCAGACGGACUGCAGAGAGGAAGAGGAGGAUGAUGGUUUGAUGGUUUGAUGGUUUCAGCUGCAGUCUGGAUGCGACAGAGCGGAGAAGUGCCAACAUGAUGCCGAUGUUCCUCACUGUGUACCUCAGCAACAACGACCAGCACUUCAAUGAGGUUCCCAUCACGCCGGAGACGCUGUGCAGAGACGUUGUGGAUCUCUGCAAGGAGCCCGGCGAGGCCGACUGCUACCUGGCGGAGACGUGGAGAGGCUCCGAGCGCGUUGUCGGGGAAGGGGAGCGGAUCCUGGAGGUGUUGCAGCGAUGGGGGCAGCAGAGAGGGGAGGUUCGUUACCUCCUGCGUCACCAGAGAGCUCCGGGACGAGAGUCCGGUGGAUCCAGAGCUGCAGAUCACAUGAUGAAGAGGAACCAGGUGAAGACUUCUGUGGAGAGGUGUCUGGAGAACGGGGUCUCAGCUUCUCACCUGGACGUGACUCUGAACGAGCUGCAGGAUCUGGCAGCGCGACAGCAGCAGCAGAUCAACGCCCAGCAGCAGCUGCUGGCCUCCAAGGAGCAGCGUCUGCGGUAUCUGAAGCUGCAGGAUCAGCGGCAGCAUCAGCAGCAGGAGGCAUCUGAACAGGAGCGACUGCGGCAGCUCAGAGAGAACGCUCACAACCAGGAGGCCAAACUGAGGCGAGUCCGGGCCCUCAGGGGCCAGGUGGAGCAGAAACGCCUCAGCAACAGCAAACUAGUGGAGGAGAUCGAGCAGAUGACCGGCCUGUUCCAGCAGAAGCAGAGGGAGCUGCUGGUCGCCGUGGCGAGGGUGGAGGAGCUGAGCGACCAGCUGGAGGCGCUGAGGAGCAACAGACUGGAGCCUCCUCUUCCUCUACAGCUACCUCACCUCCACAACACCUCCUCCACGGUGGAGCUGGAGCGCCUCUAUAAAGAGCUGCAGCUGAGGAACAAGCUGAACCAGGAUCAGAGCGCCAGGCUGCAGCAGCAGAGAGACGGCCUGAACAAGAGGAACCUGGAGGUGGCAGCGAUGGACCGACGGCUGGCCGAGCUCCGACAGCGACUCUGGAAGAAGAAGGCCGCCCUGCAGCAGAAGGAGAACCUGCCGGUGGUGUCAGAGAGCGCGGCCCCUCAGCAUGGCGUGGGCUCCAGAGUGGCGGCGGUGGGGCCGUACAUACAGUCGUCCUCCACAACAAGCUCUCAGGGGCCCCCGGUUCCGGCCCGCCAGGAGGCUCUGGUGAAGCCGGCGUACCCGGACGGCACCGCCACCCUGCCGAUGCCCGACUCGUCCCUGAAGCCGCCUCCCAGACCAGUCAAACCAGCCUCAGGUUUCAACACAUCAAAAAUAACCAAACUCUCUGACUGGAACAACUCAUUUUCUGAAUCCAGUGGAGGUUACAGCCACGCCUCCACCCUGCCGCGCAUGUCCAGCCUCGGCUGCCGCAACUCAGGUGGUGAGACCCUCACAGACCAGAAGGGGCUCUCUGGGUCCGACAUCCCGCCCCCUGUCCCCUCACGGACCAAUCACAUCACUGAGAACCUGCUCAGGGACAAUCAGGCUUCAGGUAAAGGUCUGGCCAAGAUGGCGGGACCACCUCCAGUUCCCAGUAAGCCCAAACCGUUCUCCUCGUCCGGCCCGCCAACCUUCUCCAAGCCCCCCUACAGCACCGGGACCUUCCCUGGGAAGGUGCGUCCGGUCGGGGGCCACCUCAGGGCUCCGGUGCCCCUCUCCAGCCACAGCCACACCCUCCCACUGCCGAACAAGCAGGAGAGCCCGCCGGCCGCCGCCGUGCGACCUUACACCCCCGACCACUCGGACGCCCCCCCACCGGUGCUGCAGAAGCCUCAGACUCUGGCGGCUUCAUCUACGUCCAUCUACUCCAUGUACACGCAGCAGAGCACGCCGGGGAAGGGCUACCAAGCAGGCGGCCAGGGCACGCUGCCCCGCAGCCAGAACCGAGUUUAUGGGAAACCAGUCCUCCCAGCCAGCAGUGGGCAGCAGCCUGUCGGCUCAGACAGCACCGCCGUGAAUUCUGGGUCUUGUGUGACGGACGGGAGCGAGUUUGACACUAGUUGCCUUGGUAACAGCGAAGGUGUCGGAGCGGAGACGUCAGACCGCGCCACCCCUCGACCGCUCAGCCCCACCAAGCUCCUCCCCUUCCUGUCCAACCCUCACAGGAACCCGAGUGACGCCGACCUGGAGGCCCUGCGCCGCCGGUUGCACCACGCCCCCCGGCCCCUGAAGAAACGCAGCUCCAUCACGGAGCCUGAGGGGCCGGCGGGCCCAAACAUCCAGAAGCUGCUCUACCAGAAGACCACUCUGGCUGCCAUGGAAACCAUCCCCAUGGAGACGGUUGGUCCAGCGGGGGCGUACAUCCAACCCGCAGCCACAGAGGACGUGAUGGGCGGCUUGGACAUCCACACCGCUGGACCUGGUUUCACCAAGCCGCUUGCUGAGAGUCCAGAGGAAAACCUGACUCCUCCCCCUCUGCCCCCCCGCUCACCCAUCUCUGACCCCGCCUCCUGCCGCGUCCUGCCUCCCCCUCUUGAGGACAAGGAGGAAGAGGAGGAGGUGGUCUGUCCGGCCGCCUCGCUGCUGCAGGACCGCUUUGCAGAGGAUUUCCCGCCCUACCCGCCCCCACCUUACCCCACCUGUGGGGAGGCGGAGCAAGGAGACGACGCCCUCAACCUGCAGCCGCCAGAGGUCACCGGACAGGUCACAGUGCCACCGGGUAAGAGGUCGAUCCUCCGUAAAGCCGGCUCCGAGCGGAUCGACCACAACAUGCGGGUCAAGUUCAACCCUCUGGCCCUGCUGCUGGACUCGUCCCUGGAGGGCGAGUACGACCUCGUCCAGAGGGUCAUCUACGAUGUGGACGAUCCCAGCAUGCCGAAUGACGAGGGCAUCACGGCGCUACACAACGCCGUCUGCGCUGGCCACACCGAGAUUGUCAAGUUUCUGGUUCAGUUUGGCGUCAACGCCAAUGCUGCUGACAGCGAUGGCUGGACUCCCCUCCACUGCGCCGCCUCCUGUAACAACGUUCAGGUUUGUAAGUUCCUGGUGGAGUCAGGGGCGGCUGUGUUCGCCACCACCUACAGCGACAUGCAGACGGCUGCAGACAAGUGUGAGGAGAUGGAGGACGGCUACGCCCAGUGCUCCCAGUUCCUCUAUGGCGUUCAGGAGAAGAUGGGUGUGAUGAACCGCGGUGUGGUCUACGCCCUCUGGGACUACGAGCCGCAGAGUGACGAUGAGCUCGGUUUCAUCGAGGGCGACUGCAUGACGGUGUUGAGACGGGAGGACGAGGUGGAAACGGAGUGGUGGUGGGCGCGAUGUGGCGACCACGAGGGCUACAUCCCCCGCAACCUGCUGGGGCUGUAUCUGAGGAUCAAGCCGCGGCAGAGGACCCUGGCUUAACCGACGGCUGACGAAUCCUUCACAAGACCAAAACGUCCUGCGAGGAAGAAACAAAUGAAGCUCUGAUCACGUCCAGCAGGAGCACAAAAUGUUAGAGAUUGUUGUUCAAAAAGAGACUGAUGUACCUCUGGUUGUUUUUUUAGCCUCAGCACAAAGAAUGUCACAGUGAAGUUUUGUUGAUCCAAACUGCUGAAGAGGAGACAGAAACGGUAGUUUCAGCUCCUCCUUGUGGAAGAAUUAACAAAUGACCAGUUUACCGAAAUGUAUCAGCAAAUAUACGACUUUAACAGUUGCUAUCGUUGGAAAAACAUCCAACAGAUGACUUUACUAAAACAAAAUGUGAAAUUCUUUUGGAUUCAUGUUGUAAGAUUCUUUUUUUUUUUUUUUGGUAUUUUGUCUUUUUGUUGAUUAGCAGUUGAGAUGAAGACAAGACAGGAAACAAAAGUCACAGACUGGAACAGAACAGCGGACAUGACGGUUCAUUACAGCGUUGACUGUUUCUACCAAACAUAGCAUCCAAAAUAUGUAAAAAUAUUGGAUAAAUCACAUAAUAGGGUUGCUGUACCAAAUCUGGCAAUUAGGAGACAUUAAAACUCCAAGUUUAUCUUAAA